AUGGCAUCCUCACCCUCAUCAUCUCUCACCAAACCAUCAACCUCCAAGACACCAAUGAUGACUAGAAGACGGACCAGAUCAGCCGGCAGCUCCCCUGACGACAACUCUCCAAAAAUACAAAGACCGAGACUUCACUCUCCCCCACAGACAAAUAAACAACCCCUCCUACCAUUCCCCACCAUGGACAGCUCUGACGGAUACAACACAACACAAGGAAAUGAUGACAAUGAAUACCAGGGAUACAGUAGUACAAAAACCCCACACACAAAUGAAAACAGAGGUUUAAUCACCCUGGUGAAAGCAACAAUUCCAUCAGAGAAAGUAAGAAACAUAGACUGUGGGCAAGGCAUUGAAAUGCUAAGCAUCCAUAUAAGACUAGAAAAUACCUCACUAGUCAUUCACAACAUAUACAAAGGCCAUGACAAAAUCCUUGAAGGAGAAAACCUCUUCAGUGCUGCCUCCAGAGAAAACACAUUCUUUGCAGGAGACUUCAACGCUUCAUCAUCCAUGCCCUACGACCCAACAACAUACAAAUGCAGCAGGCAGACCACAUUACAUCUGCUUUUGGAAGAAUUUCCUGAAGUAGCACUGCUAAAUGACACAAACGAAGCUACUCACCUCCGAGGAGGCAGCCUGGACCUGAGCUUUGUAUCCCAAAACCUGAAGGAAGAAUGUACAUGGAAAGGACACCCAAUACUAACCGGCGACCACUUUGCAACUGACACCAGCAUAAAAAUAACAAAAAUUCCCCCUCCACCACCCCCGCCAGCAGGAUGGAGACCAGACCUGGCAAACUGGCCCACAUUUGAAAACCAAAUGACUGUGUGGGCAACACAGUACCUCCAAACUCCGGCCCAAAACAUAAACACGCUUCAGGAGGACUUUGUGAGUAGCCUGCAUAAUGCAGCAAACAUCUCCAUGCCUAAGAAAACUUUUUCCACUAACCAAACCCCCCACAAGGACAGCUGGUACUAUAACAAAAGAGUCAAGGAAAUGAACACAAGAGUAAAUAGAACAAGAAAGCUCUUCAGACCCAAUCCCACUGAUGAGAUGCAUGCUCUUCUAAGAGACGUUAUAAACCAUGCAACACAAACUGCCAAAGAAGUGAAGCAAGAAACCUGGCUUAAAUGGUGCUCACAGACUACCCGACUUACUUCCAUUGCAAAAAUGUUCAAAUGGUUCAACAAAAUAUCAGGAAAAUCCAAGAUAACACAACCACACCAUCCUGACCCUCAAGCUGAAGCAAACAGACUUACACAACAUUUUGCCGACAGGACCAAAUCGGCACAUCUACCACAAACCACAAGAGAAAGGCAAGUGGCACUAGACCCAGGGAGAUGGAGAGUCAUUAACACGGCCUGCAAUAUCCCUGAUGACACAGACACUCCAUUCACACUAAAGGAACUGGGCAAAGCCCUUCAAAAGGGAACAGACACAGCCCCUGGAGCAGACAUGAUCACAUACAGCAUGCUGAAGAACAUGGGAACGGCAGCCAAAACAGUUCAUCUCCAUAUAAUCAACAGAACAUACACAGAGAGCAGUAGACCCACACAAUGGAACCAACAAAAUACACAGCCGAUUCCCAAGCCCAAAGAACCCAACUCCUACAGACCCAUCUCUCUCAUCAGUUGCACAGAAAAGACUGCAGAGAGAAUGGUGCUAAACAGACUGCUAUGGAAAACAGGACCUCUACACCAUCGCCUAUAUGCCUACAAAGAGGGCAUAUGCACACAAGAAUGCCUAGCAGACGUCAUGUCCACAAUUAACGAGAGGAAAGCAAUAGUAGUUUUUCUGGACUUAGAAAAAGCUUAUGAGCUAGCCAGUGCAGCUGCCAUCCUUGAAGCCUUGGCUGACAAGGCGGUGAAGGGCAACCUUUUAGCAUGGGCCAAAGGAUACAUGCAAAACAGAUAG